ACCAUGACCAAACAUGUUUCCAUAGAUCAAUGCCAUUGCUAUGCUAGCUCAUCUGAUUAAUAUUUCCUUACAGUCUGUCAUCUUCAAUCUCUCUCUCUCUUUACAAUCUCUCUCUAGAUCUUUAACUUGCAGACUCCACAUUCAAGCACUCAGUUCAAAAAUCUUCAAAUUAACAAAAUCCCUUCAUGGGUUCUUCAUUUCACAUGAUUUGUGACAUGGGUUUACUUCAAGUUAUAUAAAAAGUUUCAAUCUUUUUUUUUUUAUUUCAAGAAAUGGAUCAGAAAAUGCUUCUUUUUCAGCCACCACCACCACCGCCGCCGCCGCCGUAUGAAUCCACCGGAGACAUAUCCAACUUAAGCAACAAUGUGAGUCCAAGUGUUUUGCUAAUCAUCAUAAUCCUUGCUAUAAUCUUCUUCGUUUCUGGAUUACUUCAUCUUCUUGUUAGAUUUCUUGUAAAACCAUCAAAUAGAGACCCUGAUGAAUAUGACAAUGUGACUGCUUUACAAGGCCAGUUACAGCAACUCUUCACUCUUCAUGACUCUGGAGUUGACCAAUCUUUCAUUGACACACUUCCUGUGUUCACCUACAAGUCAAUAGUUGGUGUGAAAGACCCUUUUGAUUGUGCUGUUUGUUUGUGUGAGUUUGAGGGUGAUGAUAGUCUUAGAUUGUUGCCUAAAUGUAGCCAUGCUUUUCAUAUGGAUUGUAUAGAUACAUGGCUGUUGUCUCAUUCCACUUGCCCUCUUUGUAGAAGUAAUUUGGUUAUUGAUUAUAAUCCAAACACUUGUUGUUCACCAAUUGUGCUUGUUCUUGAAGCUGGUGAGAGUUCUAGAGAUAUUGUGGCUGAUCCCACUUUUCAAAGGGUGACUUCCCAAUUUAGUGGUGAUGUACAUGACUAUGAAGAAUCUGAAUUUGCGCAUUCGAAUUCGGGUCAAAAUGAGGUGAAGGAAGAGGAGGGUAAGGAGAAAGUGGUUGCAGUUAAGCUUGGUAAGUUCAAGAAUGUGGAUAUUGGUGGUGUUGGUGGUGGUGAUGGUGGUGGUUGUGGUGGUGAUGAGAAUAGUAAGAAUAUUGAUGGUAGGAGGUGUUUCUCAAUGGGAUCUUUUGAGUAUGUGAUGGAUGAUAAUGCAUCAUUACAUGUACAAGUUAGGACCCAAAUCAAGAAACAAGCUUACAAGAAGUCAAAUCUCCCCAUCACUCCUGGCCACAGACCAGCAAUGUCGGAAUGUGGAGGCGAUUCUAGACGGGAUUUUAGCGGUAUUGAAGCGUUUAGAAGUGUUAAUGGUGGCAGUAUUAGGAGGGAGAGCUUUUCAGUGUCCAAGAUUUGGCUUAGAGGGAAGAAAGAAAAGCCUAAUUCAACGGUGUCGGUGGCAGCCACCAUUGAGCCACCGCCAAUGGGGAGUUUCUCGUUACAGUUUUUGCUUCGACAGAAUGUUACGGGAGAUGAAUCGAAAGAGGUGGGUUGUGAUGAUCACGAAACGCAGAGUGGUAACAAUGUUGAACCACAAGUAGCACCAAGUCCACCAUCUUUGGCAAAAAGGAGUCUGAUGUGGCUUAUGUGCAAGCAGAAAAACAAGGUUGUUCAUUCAUCUUUGUCCACAAAUGUUUAGAAUUUUGCCAUAAAACAUGUUUCUACUUUCUUAAAGAUUCUUAUUAGUACAAAGGAACUAAACACUUGAUUAAAAUUUAUGAAACCUCAUUACAAAGUGUAUGCAUUUCAUGAUUAGUUU